CACGCACGCUGGUGCCACCGGCUUUUUCAUCCCCACAAAGUCGACGAAGUUGGAUUACCUUUUGUGUGCUUUACAGAGACAGAGAGAAUAGUUUUUAAGAGCAAUGUCUCGCGGAACUGUUGGAAUAUUUCCUCUGUGAUGUUCCGGGGAAACUAUUUUUGGACGAUGUUUGCGCUGUUUUUGGGAGGUUUUCCAUGUAUGAAGUAUAUGUUUUUCUGUUUCCUUACAGGCCGUCUCUCCUUAUUUCACUGCCUCCAAUAUUUAUACACUAGUUUGCUGGUAAUUAACAUAAUCUUGCAUUCCUGAUAAUUUCGACAAGAUGAAGGACAACACAGACUCCGGAUUGCCCCCGAAACGCGGAUUUUCUGGCAGUUCAUGAAUGCAGCUGUAAUCACCCAGGGGAGCCUCAAGCACUUAAAUGGGUCCAUCAUGACAACGAGACAAUCAGGCUCCUUUAUACCCUGAGAUCAGCUGCAGUUUCUGCACAUUGUCUGUUAUGAAUAGAUCCGAUCUCCAAUUGGGCCACUUCACUUUGGAGAUUUUUCGAUUUUCGAUUAUACAGCUAUUGAAAUUAAGAUGCGCCGCUUUUUCCCCCCCCCUCUCCCGCUCUUUGCCUGGUGGCUCGGUUGCCUUUUCUUGAUUACCAGAUAAAAUUGACACUCGGGUUGCCACUUAUCAAGCGAAGCAUUUCAAUCCACCGCUAAUUGCAGAUGCCAUAGUGCCAUCCUUUCUUUUCACUGCGUUUUGAUUGCAUGGGAAUACAGCCGCCUAUUGCGCACGAGAGGAAAGAUCGAUCAUAUAUAGGUGUUUUUUUCUGCUUUCUAAUUGCAUCAAAAUUCCUUUUGUUGCCAGGGCUUAAAUGCAGGAGAAGCUGUUAUUCCUUGUUUUGGACCGGAUGUAGUGUGGGUUGGGGCAGAGAUGCGUAAUGCACAAACCAAGCUCCAUCUUCUCUCCAAAUAGGCAGCGUGCAAGACUCGAAGAUGUCUAAAUCGGAGGUGAAGAAGGAGUCCGCGGAGUCCAGCCCGUCGGAGGCCGCCUGCCUCUGCUCUCCGGCGGCCAAGAACCGGUGCGCCAGCUGCGGCAUGGAGAUCCAUGACCGAUACCUGCUGAAGGUCAACAACCUGAACUGGCAUUCCGGAUGUUUGGAGUGUUCCGUGUGCAGAGCGUCUCUGCGGCAACACAACAGCUGCUACGUUAAAAACAAAGAAAUCUACUGCAAACUGGAUUAUUUCAGGUUCGGCACUAAGUGCGCUCAGUGUGGCCGGCAGGUGUACGCCAGCGACUGGGUGCGGCGCGCCCGGGGCAGCGUGUACCACCUGGCCUGUUUCGCCUGUUUCUCCUGCAAGAGGCAGCUGUCCACCGGGGAGGAGUUCGGCCUGGUGGAGGGCAGGGUGCUCUGCCGCAGUCACUACGACGUCAUGCUGGACAACCUGCGGCGGGCUGCAGAAAACGGGACAGGACUCACUCUGGAGGGAGCACUGCCCUCUGACCAGGACUGUCAACCCAAGCCAGCCAAGAGGGCGAGGACAUCGUUCACUGCUGAGCAGCUGCAGGUGAUGCAGUCUCAGUUCGCUCAGGACAACAACCCUGAUGCCCAAACUCUACAGAAACUGGCAGAAAUGACGGGACUGAGCAGACGAGUCAUACAGGUUUGGUUUCAGAACUGCCGGGCUCGACACAAAAAGCAGCCGCCCCUGAGCGGGUACCCGCAGGGCGCCCCGAUGUCCCGGAUGCCUCCGUCGCUGCCGGACGACAUCCACUACUCGCCCUUCGGCAGCCCGGACCGACCGCACCUGCUGGCCCUGCACGGUUACCUGGACGCUCACCCGUUCUCCGUCCUCGCCGCUCCGGCCCACUUGAACCAUCCGUCCAUCUCUUUGCCGCAGCUUCCCAUCAGCCGCUGACCUCCUGUUUACACACUUUUUUUGUUCUUUUAAAAAGAAUCUGCGUCGUCUGAUGUUGUGAAAAAAAAAGAAUUCCUUUCGGGACGUACUGUCAAUAAUCUGCUCUUUUUGGGCAGCAAGGACCUCGGCGAUCUGUUUCCAACGGGUUGGAUUCUUCUUUGACUGUGAAGAUCUUUUCUCACUUUCAUUCCAACGUGGGAGUUUUUUUUUUUUAUU